GUAGUGACAUGAAUAUGCAUUUCAUCUGUAUAAUUCCUACGUGCUUUUAGGUUUUAAAUUCUGUAUUAACGGUUGUUUUCUUUUCAGACUGCAAAAUUCAAAAUGGGGCCCAAGGUAUUCGUUUCAUCUACACCAGAGAAGGCAGACCGAGUGGAGAGGCUUUUGUUGAACUUGAAUCAGAAGAUGAAGUCAAAUUGGCCUUGAAAAAAGACAGAGAAACUAUGGGACACAGAUAUGUUGAAGUAUUCAAGUCAAACAACGUUGAAAUGGAUUGGGUGUUGAAGCAUACUGGUCCAAAUAGUCCUGACACGGCCAAUGAUGGCUUUGUACGGCUUAGAGGACUCCCUUUUGGAUGUAGCAAGGAAGAAAUUGUUCAGUUUUUCUCAGGGUUGGAAAUCGUGCCAAAUGGGAUAACAUUGCCGGUGGACUUCCAGGGGAGGAGUACGGGGGAGGCCUUCGUGCGUUUGCUUCACAGGAAAUAGCUGAAAAGGCUCUAAAGAAACACAAGGAAAGAAUAGGGCACAGGUGGGGAUGGAUGGUUGGUUGGAUAUGUCACUUUUCUUAUGGUAAACAAUUAAAUCCAUAUUCUCUCUGCUUAGGAGGAGGAAAUAACCCAUUUCCUAUUCCCAGUCAAUCGAUAACCUGCUAUAAAUUAUAAAUUCUUUAUAGUUCAUGUAUUUCAUUCAAACUAAAUUUUAGGUUUUAAAAUUAUCCCUAGUUUAUUUGGGCCAUCUUUACAAUUUUGUAGGACUCUUUAGAUUAUUAACCCCAAUCAAUAGAGUCGAGAGACUAUGGCUUUAAAAAAAAAAAAUUAAUGCAAACCUGUCUUUAGCUGUAAUAACACCCACAUA